AUGGGCGAGCAGAAGUCUACAUGGUUUCAGCUGCCUGAAGUCAUUCGCGAUUUGUUCUCGCGAUUUCCUCUCCGAACCUACAGUGCCCAUCCACUGCCCGCAGCAGCGACGACCGAGACCGGAACGCUGCUGUACCUGUGGCAAGGUCGACGUUCGGCAUCAGAUCCGUCGUGCAAUCCGGCAUGUCUGAAAUACCAGGCUCUGCUGCGCUUUCAUGACAUACGGCACGCAGUCCGAGCGUCCAACAACCACUCCUCUCCCUCCGGCUCUCUUCCAUUCCUCGUCCCGGCAGCAUCAUCACGCCCGAGCUCGCCCAUCACCGCCAGCAAGAUACCGAAAUGGAUCACGAGCCAAUCCAAACGCGAAGAAAUCGUACACCCGCGAGAAGAGGCAUACACGGCCCUGGUAGAUCAUGACAUCCGCCUUGCAUGGCUGUACUUUCUGUACCUCGACCAGGACAAUUUUGACCAAGUCGCUUUUCCCUUGUACUGCGCAUCCGCAUCAUCAAACGUCCUCGUACAGAAAAGUCUCGCUUGGCAGCUGAAGUCAGCAGCUCGCGAUGAGCUUCUCAAGAGUGCUGUCUUGAUCGACUCCGAUGAGCUGUAUGACCGAGCAGCCACCGCCUUCCAAGCGCUUUCGACUUUGCUGGGCAAUGAUGAUCACUUCUUUGGUGAGGCUUCGCCUGGGCUGUUCGAUGCAAGCGUCUUCGCAUACACACACCUGCUUCUUGACGACAACAUGAAUUGGGCGAGCACAGUGCUAGCUGAUUCUCUACGCCAACACGGCAAUCUUGUCGGACAUCGCGAUCGGCUCCUGGCGAAGUACUUUCCCUGA